GGGUUUUUUUUGCCGGCAACUAAGACUCCCAGAUUAGGUCCAAGUACUUUUUGUUAUUCAUUUCAAUUCGAUUUUCAAUGCUAUCAUCAAAAUUAUUUUGUGUGUUGUUCUUCUGUCUUGGACUAUCCAAUGGUUGGCCACAAUUUGACUUUAUGAAUCAAAUGGGUUUUGGAGGAGGUUUCAACAAUGGACCACAUCCUAACUCUCGGCCGGGAAGUCGACCAAAUAGCCCACUUGGUGACAUUUUCGGGAAUAUAAAUGGGAUGGUAAAAGGAAUAACUGAUCAAAUCGGGAAAAUUGCUCAAGGACUUGAUGUGAACAACGACCUUGGAAAAAUGGCUCACGGUCCGCCACCGCCGCAAAGUGAAUGGGUGGAACAUGCAAGAAGGUUUUGUAGAAGAUUUCCAGGUCAUCCAAAAUGCCGCGGACAACUUCCUCAGUUUAAUGAUAUUGGAUCAAUGCUCAAUGGUAUAUUAGUCGACAGUGGGAAAUGGUUGCCAAAAGUUCCAUUUAUCAAUAUCAGAGAUCCAUUAUCAGGCAUUAAUAGUGAUUUGAAGAAUGCCCUGAAUGGAAUUCAAGUUCAAUUUGGUCAAAUAAGUCAGCAAUUUGCAAAUAACAUCAGAAAUAUUUGCCAACAAAUGAACUGCAAACAACAACAACAAAAGAAUGUUCAAAUGAAACAGGCAAUAUUAAAACAGACCGUUGAUUUCGAGAAAAAAGUUUUCGGAAAUAACGUGGCUGAUAAAAUGAAUUUGAGAUUCGAUAGAACUCUCCAAUUAAAACAAGCUCUUUUGGAAAAGGCGCAACUUAAAGGAGUGGUUGCCCCCGAGGACAACGGAGUAUUUGACAAAGAUCUGCUCCUUACUGAAACUCAGGCAAACUUUAUGCUCAAUGAGUUAGGAAAAGGCGGCGAGGGAGCAAUUCCAAUGCCUGGAUCAGCAAAAGCAAAACGUGCAUCUAUAUUUUUCGAGCAAAACUUGAUCCAAAAAUGGCCAAGCACAUCUCCAAUUCCAUACACUUUUGACUCAUCAUUGGAUAAUUUAGAUCAAAAUGAUGUACGCGGAGCCAUUUCAGAAAUUGAGCAAAAGACAUGCAUUCGCUUCAAAUAUUUUGCUUCUCCGCCAAAAGGGAACCACAUUAACUACCAGAAAGUGAACUCGCCAUCUUUUUGCGGUUUGUCAUAUAUUGGAAGAGUCGAGCCAGCAAAUCCAGUGUAUCUUAGUUUUCAAUGUGGAAAUGGAAGAGGGAUUGCAGUUCACGAAACAAUGCACGCAUUGGGAGUUAAUCAUCAACAUUUAAGAAUGGAUAGAGACAAACAUAUUAAGGUUGACUGGAGCAAUAUUAAUCCUCAGCAGUACGAUGCAUUUGUGGUGGCCGAUUCCAAACUCUACACUACAUAUGGAGUUAAAUACGCGUAUGACAGCAUAAUGCAUUACAAUGCAUACACCGGUGCCGUGAACAUUGCCAAACCAACUAUGAUCCCAUUGGUCAAUCAACAAGCUAACAUUGGUUUACUUGGACAGAGAGCCAAGAUGAGCAAUGCGGAUGUUGAGAUUCUUAAUAAAAUGUACUGCAAAUCCGCAGGAUGUGAUGAUAAGAAUGUUUACUGCGGAGCAUGGGCUCUUCAGGAUCUAUGUAACAAUCCAAAUCACAAUGUUUGGAUGAGAAGUAACUGUCGGAAAAGUUGCAAUUUCUGUUGACUUCUCCUCGAUUUUUGUAUAUUUCACCCAAUUUGAUUGUUUUUGACAAAGUAUAUGUUAUUUCCGCA